CACGGACAGGGGGCGUGGCCAGGAUGGCUCCGCGCUGCCACGUGCCUCGGGCCCCGUCCCGGGUCGGGUUUCGGGAGCUGAAACCGGAGGCCCCCGCCCGCCCCCCCCCGGUGCCCCCCGGGGCGCCCCGCUGCCACCACCACCCCCCCCCCGGCACCCCGGGGGGCCGCGUCGUGCUGUCCAGCCCCAGCCCCGUGGCGGGUCCCGCUCGCCCCCCAGCUGCCCCCUGGUUUGGGGCCACCUUACCUCUGUCGGUGGCCUCGUCCCGGCGAGGGAGCAGGGCCGGAGGGACGGGCGCGGAUCCGGUUUCCCUCCCGCCUGCCCCUGGGGGUGCGGAGAGGGAGUGAGGGCUGGUGGCGAGCGGUGGGACAGGGUGGGAGGCAGCAUGUUCUUCCUCUUCCGUGGGCCCCAGCGGCGGGGCACCGGCAGCCCUGCGCCCCCCACCUGCCGGGGCAUCCUCUGCCCCCACGGCCCCAGUAAGCGGGGAGGCCGCCGCCGCCUCCACCUGACCCCGCAGCUCGUGGGGCAGGGGGGUCCCAGCAAUACCGGCACCCUGGGGAGCCAAGGGCGGCUGAGCCAUGGCGGUGUGCCCCCCACGGAGCAUCGGCGGGCUGCCGAGGAGCCGGGGUCCCAGCUGCCCCCGGCUUUCCAGCAGCCACGGCCACUAUCACACCCGCCCCGGCCCUGGCCCCAGCUUGCCCCGGCGGGGUGGCAGUGCCCAGGACUGCGCCAGCUGGCCCCCCGGGGCCAGGCAUGCCCUGCGGCGUGGGGGCAGCCCCCAGCCAUGGGCAACUGCACCAAGACCCCUGAGCGGAGGCUCCCCAAGGAUGGGAAACCGCGCUCCGGCUCCCUGGCCCCUGGCACCGGGGACCCCGAGGAGGCAGCGGAGGCGGCACAGUCUCCUCCGCUGCAGAACUACUCGGUGCUGCAGGGGCUGGUGGGGCCAGCCUGCAUCUUCCUGCGGCAGAGCAUCGCCAUCACCCAGCGGGACCGGGAGCUGCGGCCCGAAGAGAUUGAAGAGUUGAAGCAGGCCUUCCGGGAGUUCGACAAGGACCGUGACGGGUACAUCAGCUACAAGGACCUGGGCGAGUGCAUGCGGACCAUGGGCUACAUGCCCACCGAGAUGGAGCUCAUCGAGCUGUCCCAGCAGAUCACUGGGGGCAAGGUGGAUUUUGAUGAUUUUGUGGAGCUGAUGGGCCCCAAGAUGCUGGCGGAGACAGCGGACAUGAUUGGGAUCAAGGAGCUGCGUGACGCCUUCCGUGAGUUCGACAGCAACGGAGACGGGCAGAUCAGCAUGGCGGAGCUGCGGGAGGCCAUGCGCAAGCUGCUGGGGCAGCAGCUCAACUACCGGGAGGUGGAUGAGAUCCUCAAGGACGUGGAUCUCAAUGGGGAUGGCCUGGUGGACUUCGAAGAGUUUGUGCGGAUGAUGUCACGCUGAGGGCAGCGUGUGCCAACAUGGGACCCGAGCCCCUGCCGUGCCUUACGAAGAGGAGGGGGCCGUGGAGAAGAAUGCCCAGCUGUGGUUGGGGCUGUGCAGGCGCAGUGCAGCGCUGGAGCCUGGGGCGAGGCCCUCACUUCUUCAGCGCUGGAGGCGCUCAGCCUUACCCUUGGCUGCACGCCUGCCCGGCUGCUGAGGUCCAACUGCGGUGCUGGGCGCUGGGGCUGACGCCAGGCCGCUUUUUGGGUGCAGAUGGCCGGGCUUCGGCCACUCUCGCCCUGAUCUUUGCUCUUUCCUGCUCCCCGCCCCGCAACGUCCCCCCUUCCCAACCUGACCUCACCCCAAAAGCCAAACGUGUCGGUUCCCUCUCCCCGGCUGCACCCCAGCCCUGCUGGCUCAUCCCUCCUGCCUUCGCUCUGUGCCCUGUACCCGAAGCCAAGCCCUUUGCGUCACCCCCGCUCCCUCCAACCAUGAUAUAGGGCUGAGCCUGCAGCCACCCCACCGCCCGCCCCCAUUAUCGCAGCCAGGCCUCAGAGCUGCCCCCGGCCCUGCUCUGUCCUGCUGGGCACCCCAAUUGCUCUCGGGGCCGGUGGGGCCCCAGGAUGCUCCUUCGGGCCCCCGGUGCAGGGGAGGUGCCUCGGGGCUUUGGUGCCCAGCCUGGCUGCCCUCGAGGGGUCAAAGCGGGAAUAAAACGGCAGCCGGGGCCCACUCCCCGCCCCGGGCACAGGCUGUGGGGGUUUUUGCUCUUUUGAAAUUAAACUCUUCGCUCUACGGACUUUAAUGUGUCUUUAUCUUAGGAUUAGAUUUUCAUCCCUCCACCGCUGAGGUGUCCCAGGUACCCCCGGGUGCAGUAAGGGCUGAGGCCCGGAGGUCAGGGUCGCGCCGGGGGGCGCUCCCCCCACACCGGUCCCGGUAGGCCCUGCCCGGGAGCCCGCCCCCCCCCUUACCUGGCCCGGGGCUGUGCGGGCGGCACGGGGGGGUCCCUGCCCCAGCGGAGGCCCGGUACCGGCCGUGGGGCCCGGGGCUCUCCUCGGCCCCUCAGGGGAU